UCCUUUGCCCAACACGUUUUUAUGAGUUUGACUCACCAAAUUUAUAAUUUUUAAAAAUUGAUUAUGAAUUUGAUGAAUUAAUUAAUUAAUUAGGAAAUAAUUAAAAAUAAUAAUAUUAAUAAGGAAGAAAUUAGAUCGUUGGAGGAGGAGCCACCCAUGAGAGAGCUCUAAGGUUAAUCAUAACACAGAGCAAAGGCAAGAAUAAAGAAAACAAAAACACAAGAACAACCCAGAAAGCAUUUUUUUUCUUUCUCUCUUUUAUGCGUUUUUCUUCUUGAUUCAGUUGUUUGGAGAGGAAAGGAAAGGAAAGGAAAAGAAAAAGAAAGGGGAAAUCAAGAGAACCCAGAAGGCCAAACGGGGGAGUGGUUCAUUGAUUGAUUGAAAAGUAUCAAUCUUGAGUGUGAAGAUUCAAUCUUUAUUACCAUUGUUGUUGAUAAUAUUAUUGUGGCAAAAGGGUGGCGGGGAGGGAAGGUAAGAGGGCGUGUGUGUCUGGAAACUCAAUGCGGUCUUUGAGAAAAAGACCAAAUUUGAGGGAGACCCAGAAGGAGAUAUUUGGGGAGGAAUCAAGAUCUGAUGGUGGACGGGAGUCUGGGUUAUUGUUGUUGGUGUCGUUAUUUGGAUUGGAUAAAUUGUGUUAGAGAAGAGGCGGGUGGUGGUUGUGGCUGCUGUUGUUGUGGUGGUGAGGCUGCAUAGACAAGGAUGCAGCUUCACUUCUCGCCUAGCAUGAGAAGUAUCACAAUAUUAUCAAGUAGCAGCAAUGGAGGUUUUAUUGACUUGAUGAAGAUCAAGGUCGCAGCUCGUCACAUCUCAUAUAGGACCCUUUUUCAUUCCGUUCUUAUUCUUGCUUUUUUAUUGCCCUUUGUCUUCAUUCUUACCGCUCUUGUUACUCUUGAAGGUGUCAACAAGUGCUCCUCUUUUGAUUGUUUAGGUAGACGGUUAGGACCGAGGCUUCUCGGUAGGGUUGAUGACUCAGGGAGACUGGUUAGUGACUUCUACAAGAUCCUUAAUCAAGUUAACACUGAGGAAAUCCCAAAUAAUAUAAAGCUUCCAGAUUCUUUUAGUCAACUUGUUUCUGAAAUGAAGACCAGUCAGUAUGAUGCAAAGACCUUUGCUAUCAUGUUGAGGGCAAUGAUGGAGAAAUUGGAACGAGAAAUUCGGGAAUCUAAGUUUGCAGAACUGAUGAACAAGCACUUUGCUGCAUGUUCUGUUCCCAAAGGCAUCCACUGUCUUUCUCUGCGUUUGACUGAUGAAUAUUCCUCUAAUGCUCAUGCACGCAAACAAUUGCCUUCUCCAGAGCUCCUUCCCUUGCUUUCUGACAACUCUUACCUCCACUUCGUCCUGCCAACUGAUAACAUUUUGGCUGCUUCAGUAGUUGUUGCUUCUGCAGUGCAGUCAUCAUUAAAACCUGAAAAGAUAGUUUUCCAUAUCAUCACAGACAAGAAAACUUAUGCGGGCAUGCACUCGUGGUUUGCACUAAAUCCCAUCUCCCCUGCUAUUGUUGAAGUGAGAGGUGUUCACCAGUUCGAUUGGUUAACAAGAGAGAGUGUUCCAGUUCUUGAAGCUGUUGAGAACCAUCAUGGAAUCAGGCAUUACUACCAUGGGAAUCAUAUUGCUGGGGCCAAUCUAAGUGAUACCACUCCUCGACAUUUUGCUUCAAAAUUGCAGGCUAGAAGCCCAAAGUACAUAUCCUUACUCAACCAUCUCCGCAUAUAUUUACCAGAGCUCUUUCCACACCUCAACAAAGUGGUCUUUUUAGAUGAUGAUGUCGUAAUCCAGCGUGAUCUGUCGCCUCUUUGGGAAAUCGAUCUUAAGGGCAAGGUUAAUGGAGCUGUAGAAACUUGUAGAGGUGAAGAUGAGUGGGUAAUGUCUAAGCGUUUAAAAAAAUACUUCAAUUUUUCGCAUCCCCGUAUAGCAAAGAAUUUGGACCCUGAGGAAUGUGCAUGGGCUUAUGGGAUGAAUAUCUUUGAUCUUCGUGCAUGGAGGAAAACAAAUAUAAGAGAAACUUACCAUUCCUGGCUGAAAGAGAACCUGAACUCAAACCUGACAAUGUGGAAGCUUGGAACCCUACCGCCUGCUUUGAUAGCAUUUAAAGGCCAUGUUCACCCAAUUGACCCCUCAUGGCACAUGCUUGGCUUGGGCUAUCAGAAUAACACCAAUAUCGAGAGUGUGAAGAAAGCUGCAGUUAUCCACUACAAUGGCCAGUCAAAACCGUGGCUGCAGAUUGGUUUCGAGCAUCUCCGGCCAUUUUGGAACAAGUAUGUCAACUACUCCAAUGAUUUUGUGAGGAACUGCCAUAUCUUGGAGACAUAGUAAAUCAGCUAGAGGAGCUAGGAACAAGAGAUAGAAGGGGAAAAAGACAAUGGUGAUAUGGGUUUCACUUGCAUAUUCUUGUCUCAAACUUUCUCUCAAGGUUUAUACUUGGGAGGGCAAGUUGAAAAAUGUUGGCCAGAAAGGAUCAAUACUUUCCAGGUUCAGAUUUUGCUGUCACCCCCGAUACUAUUGCAGGACUGAACCUGCAUCACUGGCUGGACGUUGAGUUUCAUUCUUUGAUUUUAUAUUGUAUAAAUCCACGGUCAAUUCUUUGCUUGGGAGAAAGGAUUCCGUUAUCAGUAUUGCUACUGGGGAUCUUGCUUGAUUACUUGGUCCGUAUUUUGGAAUAAAGUGAAACAUACAAGAUACCGCUUUUGUCGAUGCCUUCAGACUGAUCGAUGAUGGGAAGAGAAAAGCUCAGAAAAGUUUUUCAGCUAUGCUCACUCCAUCAGUCUAUAAGCUUUUUUCUCCCUUCAUCAUUCUAUUUUUUGGUUUUUGCUGUUUCAUUUUUUGUUAGUACCUCCUUCUCCCCAUUUUCCCUCCCCUUGAUUUUUGGUAUCAUGGUGAAUUCUUCUAGGAGUAGGUCAUGAAAGGUUGCUUUGUUACAGGUCCCAUUCAAUUGGGGAACUAUUGUUAGGUUACAUCACAUAUCGGUAUUUGUUUUGUACCAUUCCUGAUAAACAUUUGAAAUGUGCAGAUAAUUCAUUGUCUUGAAAACAUUUUUUUCGCUUUGAUCCA